AUGGCGGCGGCGGUGUGGAUGGCCGUGAACCUUCUUGGCGUGUGGUGGCGCGCAUGCUCAACCGCUCAAGCCGGAGGCGAUACAUCGAGUACAUCAAGGCAAGACCUCGUGGUGGACCAUACCUUCUGGCGUAUGCUGCUCCUUGUCGUGGGCCUCUCAAUGCUCAAAAAAGCAGAUCAUGGGCUGCUGACGCCUCCCAUGACGGCCUUCCUCAUCGGCCUCGCCAUGCCACGCGAGGGCCCAACUAGGACGCUAAUGGAGGACCACCGCCUCGCCUACCCAUGCACCAGCUCUUCAUGCCACUGCGCCGGGGCCAUCGGUGCUCGCCUCGACUUCGCCAAGAUUGGGAACUUCACGGUGGUCCAGCUCAUCGUGGCCGUUACCUUCACCACGUUGUUGAGCACGGCGGGGAAGGUGGCCGGCACCGUGCUGGCAGGGCGGGCGUUGGGCAUCGCCACUCGAGAGGCCGUCGUGCUGGGUGCACUGCUCAACGUCAAGGGCUACUCGGAUAUCCUCGCCAUCAACUUUGGGAACAAGAUCAAUGUAUGGGGAGAGACCAUGCAGGUGGUGCUUCUCAUAUCGUCCAUCAUCAACACAUUCAUGGCCGGGCCUGCGUCCGCCGCCAUCGUCCGCCAGCAGCGUCGCGCCUCCGGCUAUCGCUCGCGCUGCCUCGAGGACCUUAGCGUGGACCAUGAGCUCCGCAUGCUCGUAUGCAUCCACGGCGCCACUAGCGUCUACUCGAUGCUCACGCUUAGUGACCUCUCCAAGGGCAGGGCACCGGUCGCCGUGUACCUGUUGCACCUUGUCGAGCUUGUGACAUCGCACAAGUACGCCAUCACGCAGCAGCUGUACCAUGCCCGAGACGGUGGCCAGGAUGAAGACGAGUGGGGCUACGCGCGUGAGAUCGAGCAGGUGGCCUCCACCGUGGCGACCUUCACCUAUGACAAUGCCAUCCUCAUCCUGCAUAGGGCUCCUUGCACGGUGGGGAUCCUUGUGGGUAUUGUUUUUGCUAAUGAGGUCACGGAGAGAAUCAUCGGUGGUGGCGUUGUUCUGGCGGUCUUGAUGAGGAGGCGAUGUCAUAUGCAAUACUACAUCGUCGCGGCGGAUGGUGGCGAGUGCAACCAUCGAUGUGAUGUUGUGUGCAGGUUCCUUCUUCCAAGCGGAAGGGGUUUAUCGGGCAACCCGAAGGUGAUGGAGGAGGCCAUGGAAGAUGAGGAAUUCAUGGCAGACCUAUACGCGAGGUUUGUGGCACCAGGUCACGUAUCAUACAUGGAGAAGUACGUGAGCAAUGGCGCGGAGACAGUAAACACGCUUAGCUCCAUGGUGGGUACAUGCUCACUCUUCAUCGUGGGAAAGGGCGAUAGGGCCCAUGGCAGCAGAGGCAUGAUGACAAGUGACAUGGGGGACUGGGAUGAAGAAUGCCAGGAGCUAGGGCCCAUUGGUGAGCUCCUGUCCUCGGACGACUUGGUAGGUUGUGGUUCUGUUCUAGUGCUGCAGCAGCAUAACAAGCACAAGAUGAAGACAUGGAAUAAGGGCAACCAACAACAACAAUGUCAUCAAGCUCAGGACCACCAAGCUAGUGUAGUCGAUGCCGAUGCUGUUGUUGACAUCAUUGGAUCCUUCUCCAGCACAAGUAGUAGUAGUUAUUAUUCACAGCAAGCAAAUUGA